GGUUACACUCUUAGUCACGUCAUGGCCUGCAGUCUAUGCUUUUCCCGUUAGGAUCAUAUUCUGUGAUCAUGUCGGACAAGGAAUGGGCAGUGGUAUGACGGCAAAAGCUUUCGACAACGUUUAUGACAUACUGCGUAAAGCCUAUGAGGCGAUCGUCAGUUGCGACUGCGACGAUCUCAAGGGAUGUACUAAAUGUAAGCAAUCUGAUUUUGGUAUCUAAGCAACCUCAGCAGUGGUCUCCAGGUGUACAAAGUCCCUCAUGCACAGAAGGCAACAAGGUCUGUUCAAAGUCCGGCGCACUCGUCAUUCUGAAGGCCUUGCUUGGCUACGAAGUGGAUCCUGCCAGUAUACCAGACGAACACGACACAUUUGAAGGAGGAACAGACACCAUAGUUUCUGCAUCUCACGUUCGUAAAUUGGGAGAUAUCAAGAUAGAAAGAAACCUAAAAUAAUCCUGUAUAAAUAAAUUACAUAACAGCAUGCUACCUCAUUACGACUAUGUUAAUGGAUCAAAAUCACCCCAAUCAAUGUUCGACUUGGAGUCUGAGGUACUCCAGGAUGGUUGGGCGGGUUUGG